GUGAUGAACAGAUGGGAAAAAGUGAAACAGCAGACGACCCUGAGACUUCAGAAGUUGAACGACUCCAAAGAUUACCAGCAGUUCCUAUUGGCCGUUCAUGAUGUAACUUCCUGGAUAAAUGAGAAGAUGCAAACGGCCCUGGACGAAUCUUACAACGAUCCCAGUAACUUGCAGGGGAAGAUCCAGAAGAACCAGGCGUUCCAGGCGGAAGUACUCACAAACAGAAGCAGGGUUGAUGUGGUCAUGAAGGAAGGAGAUAAAUUUGUAAGCAAGCAGCAUUACGCCAGUGACGUCAUAAGGGAGAAGAUGAUGGAGUUGGAGGGGCUGUGGAAGGAUCUGCUGGAUGCCACGGAGGAGAAAAAGAGGAGGCUGCUAGAGGCCUAUGAGGUUUGUAGUUGA